AUGGUCGGAGGCAAUCCAAGCCAUGACGCAUAUUCGCUAUUGGAACACCCCCGAUGCUUUUGCAACAUACGCGUCUACUCGAGGUUCUGCGUCUUCUUUAUUCGAGGUGCGAUCUGCGUCGGGGUGAUCCUAGCUUCCAACGACCCCAAGCUGGUCGAUGCCAUCGAAAGUGAAACCUCCUCCGCUGCCUCGUCGCCGUGGAUCAUCGCCAUGGAGAAUCUCGUCAUCAUCGGUUUGUCUCAUCUAGCCACGGCGCUCAUGCUGACGGCUGUCUUCUCUGCGGGAAACACAUACUGUCAUGCUGCAAUGCAUGCCCUAUACGGCCUGGCAGUUGGUGGCCGGGCUCCGCGUCUAUUCCUUAAGACCAAUGCUCGAGGCGUCCCGAUCUACUGCUUCAUAGUGGCCAUGGCAUUCGGCUGCCUCUCAUUUAUGCAGAUGUCAGGAAACUCCAAGACCGGACUAAACUGGCUCAUUCGUCUAACGACCACCAACGUCCUCAUCAACUACGUUGUCAUCUCGAUCACCUAUCUGUGCUUCUAUCGCGCAUGCCAAGCACAAGGGCUCGACCGAUCUCAAUUGCCCUAUUACGCUCGCUUCCAGCCAUACUGUGGCUACGUCUCAACUGGGUGGAUGACGCUGAUGCUGUUCUGCUAUGGAUACCGCACCUUUGCCCCAUGGAGUGCCGAGAGCUUUUUCUUGGAUUAUACCAUGAUGGUGCUGGCUCCAAUCUUGUUUAUAUCUUGGAAGAUCGUCCAUAAAACUAGAUGGUUACGACCCUCUGAGGUCGAUCUACAAUGA